UUUCCUGAACGGUAUUUGCCUACGAACGCAACUCGUCCGGCUAUUUUCUACGGCAAACGAAUUGUUUUGAAAAAAAAAAAUAAAAAAAAAAAAAACACAUAGGUCCUACAGGUCCGUUUGGUUCGCGGAAGCUCAAACGUUAAUAAAUGUCCGUCUGUACCGAAAAUCGGCGGAAGACUUGUAAUGACCGUCUAAUAUCACCGCGGACUAAUAUUUUCCCGGUCGAGAGUUGACGAUUUGUCGAGGAGUACCGAAAACACGAGGCGAUCGAUCCACGACGGUUGUAACCAACGGCAACGGCCUGUCAAAACAAUGCGGCCGACGACAUCGGGCGGACGAGCCGAGCGUGGUCAUUCCGGAGACCCUGGAGACCCUGUUCGCAGUGCCAGGGAUACCGUACCGUGUUUAGUGAAUCGCGCACGCACCCGUCAUGUACGACGAGGAGAUCGACGUCAGGGAUGCCGAGGAUGUGGACAGCGGCAGCGACGACAGCGGCAGCAGCAGCAGCAGCAUCGGCAACGACAGCAGCCGGGACCUGAGGACGCCCAGCGCCAAGCAGCGGAAACUCCUGAUGUCCAGCGGUUCGGGUCGAAGGUCACGGUCCAGGCUUCGGGCCGUCGAUUGCGCAGACCCGGACGAGGCGGCUAAAGAAGACCCAGACGACGACUACGACGUGCACGAGGCUCAGAGGGAUUUCAAUAAGGACGUCGAUCUCUUGCACUUGUCCCAAGACAUUAAGGACGUAUUCAAAUACAUAUCAAUGUACUACCCUCAAAAGACCAAACUCGAGUUCAGACUUCAACCAUUCGUACCGGACUACUUGCCAGCCGUCGGAGAUGCCGAUGCGUUCAUUAAAGUGAUCGCGCCCGAUCCUUCUGUGCAAGUGGGUUUAGGAUUGGAAUACUUGGACGAACCAAGCCUCAACCAGAGCGAUCCGUGCCUGUUGAACUUGCAGCUCCGGGCGUCGUCUAAGUCGUUAUCCAAAUCACUGGUAGUGAAGCGAUUAGAAAAUGCCGAAAAGAAUCCAAAAGUCGUGGAGCAGUGGAUACGUGACAUAAACGAGCUGAACCGUGGAAAGUCUUCGACGUUCUUCUAUUCCAAAAAAAUGCCAGACGUAGAAACGAUAAUGGAGUCGUGGACGGGCGGCGACAAGCGGGACAAAGAAAUGCCGGAUUUCGAAAACGCAGAUUUAUUGACUUUAAUUGAUGACGUUUCCGAUUACUUUGGGAUUCCGAGGACCGACACCAAAAUCGAAUCACUGCACCUGUUGUUUUCCGUUUACGUGGCCAUCAAAAACUCUUUGGCUCAAGACACCACUGUGCUGGCGUCAUCGGAAAGUAGUAGUUAAUCACAUCACACGCGCGCG